AUGGAUAUAAUCGAAGGGCCACGGUUUUUGGGUGGAUUUGAAAGUGAGAAUGACGUAGGAAAUGUUUGUCCAGUAUGUAAUGAAGUCUCUAAAGACCUGUUGCAGUUGAACAUCCAUUUAGAUGUAGUUCAUGGGUUUUCGGAACAGAGCUCAGAUACUGGAGGGUUAAAUACCCCCAUUUGGGAUGGUAAUAAAGCAGUUGAUCAAAAGAGGUCUACCAAAAAGCCCAAAUUUGUCCUGCAAAGGUCCCACUGGGCCAAAAUGAAUAAGGGCCAAAGCCGAUGCUCAGAAUGUAACGUAAAACUACACACUUCUACUGGGAUCAUAAACUGUCGCCAUUGUGGACAGCUAUUUUGCUUCAAACACUGCCAGAAUGCCAUGAGACUCAAUGAACAAGCAGCGUAUGACAUCGAGAGGGGUGAGUGGUGUAGGUGCUGCCGCAAUUGCUCCUUGAAAAAGCUUGGCCGUAACAGUUUUGGCGCUGUGGAGAGUAAAACCGAUGUAUUUCUGAAGCUCAGACGCUCGAAAGUAGAAGAUAAACAACUAUUGCUUCUGCAGCUUGAAAAUAGGUUUGUGAGAUUGAUUAACGGGAUCACACACGUCAAUUUGAAGCACCGAGACAGUAUUCUGGGUUCCGUCAGGAAAGCUGCAGAAAUUUCGCGCCUCGAAAAGAGUAUUGUUCCCUGGGUUCCAGAUCAAUUUGCUCUAGCUUGCAGUUUAUGUUUCAAGGGUUUUGGGGUAACGUUGCGUAAGCACCACUGCAGGCUCUGUGGGAAGGUAGUUUGCGAUGAUGGUGCAACGAAUUGCUCGAACCAAAUUCCCAUUACCAACAUGAUUAAUGCGGCAGCAGACCUCCCCAUUCGACUUCCACCUGAGUUGGAAAUCUCUGAAUUAAGCACGCAAAUACGGGUAUGUUCGAUGUGCUCUCAGUUUCUCUUUAAAAAUCGUAAAUUUGACGCUGAACUUGCUAUGCCUUUGUCUACCAUCUUUCAGCUCUACGAAAGGAUGCAUGGCACCGCAGCCAUUAUUAUUUCGGCUACUCAGAGUCUCAAAGAGGCCACGACCGAACAAUCAUAUGAAGACGCCAAAUCACCAAAUGCGAGUGAUGUCGCUAAACUUUCUAGAGCUCGACGCAGGUUGCUAGAUUCCUUCGCGGGAUACGACAGAAUCACCAAACAAAUUUUAAACAGCCAUGCCAGAAACCCAACUGAGGCGCGGAUCCAAUCAUCUAUUGUAUCACAGGCCUCUCUAUUUAUACAGCAGAACAUGCUACCGUUGAAAAAUUUAACAUCUCACCUAGCAUCACAAAUCGAGUCAUCACAGGAACCUUCACCAGAAGCUACAUCUAAUGCAAUCAGUGGGCGGUCGAGCAACAACCUCACUAUCCAGGAAGUGAAGGAAUAUCGCACCCAACUGAUGGUCCUGAACGAACAGAAGUACUUGGUUGAAAAUAUGAUUGCUAAUGCCACGAAGCAACGUAAGUUUGAAGAAGCUACGACCUUAAGCAAGAAUCUCGAGGAGCUCAAAUUGCAGGCUGGGGAAUUAAGUAACCUCCUGGGAGACGAAGGAUUCAGUUGA